CCCACGUGUAUAUCACCGCUGCCUCAUUGCAAGUUCAAAUUCAUAUCUCAUUUCUUUUCACUCUCAUCUCUCAUGUUCUCUCUCCGGAGCUGGCAAUGACUAUAUAUAUUGCGCCAGCUCUACUUAUUGGAUUAAGCGCACGACUUUUAAUGGAUUUUCUCUCUCGUUCUGAGGAACAAACUGUCCGUGACUUUCUCAUGGCAGGCCUUUGGCAGGGCGUCCUUUGGUGCACCGUCAAGAACCACGUUCUUUCCAUGCCAGUCGCACUUGGCAUUCUCGCCAAACUUUUCGUCGACUAUACGUUCAUGUCCGACGUACUUAAAUUUGGCAUAACCCUUGUUGGAGUCGCGCUUGGGGCAAUAGGCACCGACUUCCUGUCCAGUGUUGUUGACAAACCAAAUUUGGACAAAGACAAACGCAAGAAGAGUUAUUCGACAAAGGACUCUGCUCAGACUCGAGUCCGGUCCAGUAGACACGCGGAUAAGCCGUCCUCGAAAGCCCGUUCUCGUCGAACAACCUCCGAUAUUACUUCCGUGGACUCUGAAUCAGAGCUGAUCGGCCCUCGAGCAUCUAUGUCUCCUCUCGACCGUCAAGUCGCUGCUUUGCGUGCUCGGGCCUCGUUAGCAGAUAGCGAGCGGCGACGGUUCAAGGAAGAAAGAAAAUGGGCAAAAGCGCAGGGGAAUACAACCCUGGCAGCGCAGUUGCGCUGGCAAGUCAAGCGGUACUCUGCUCUGAUGAAAAGCUUUCACAGAGAAGCAGACACGAAAUUGCUGGAAGCUGCUUCAGGCUCCAAGUCCCGCCUUCAGACCAUUGAAGAACACCAACCGAUUGCUUCCACGUCCAACGACCGCUCAGAGCGUCGGCGUCGCGAAAGCACGCACAGAUUCGAGCAUCCUAUCGUUCAUGUUGAAAUCGACCCUUCCCAAGUCAAGUCUGCCAUACGUGUCAAUGUACGGUAGCAAUUAUGAUCAAUACUCUUGGGUGGUAUGAUCCACAGGAAUCAUAAAGCAAAGACUUCCGGCAACCACUUGGCCGAAAACAAGUCCUUCCUUGUGCCUUUCGGGCCCAUGAGAUGACGCUUAAUGACUAUGGACGUCUUUCGGAAAUCAUACUCUCGACGGGUUAACAGAUUAAUGGCGUUCGUGCACACUUUCUCGCACAGUCAUCUCACAGAGAAUGUUGUAUCUUUACUAUUAUGCUUAUUGUAACAUCUAGACUGGAAUCUAUCUGUUGAGGGAUCUUGUUCGACAAUUCACACUAGAAUUCUACACAAGGUUGAUACACAUACUGA